UUUAUUCUUUUUGAAUUUUUGUUCCCCUAGGCCAACCCCAAGAGCCAGAACUGUUCUUUAUUUAUCUCAGCACAGGUUCGGUGUAAGCGUUGCCUCCUUAUCCGACGCUCAGGCCCUUCAGGUCCGGGACCCCUGCUUCUUAAUUAUGUUUCUAUUAUUCCCGGUGUCUAACACAAUCUCUUCCACGAAGUCGGAACUUGAUACAUAUUUGCUGAAUAAAUGAAAAGUUAAAGAUGAGGCAGAAAGCACCGCUCCUUCCAAGGGCAGCUCUCAAGAGCCCACGUUUUCAGAUUAAGCAGCGAAGCGGACGCGUCUCGUACGAGACUACAAGUCGCACAGGCGGAGAGGGGGCCCCCAGGCCUCUGGUUUCACGCCUCCCUCCUGGUCCCCGGCGGACCGGCGUCUUUUCUCCCCUACUCGGAGUAGCCGAGCAGCGCUGGAGGCUGGCUGUCUGGUAAGCGCAGCUGUUAGAGAGGAUGGAGGCGCCGUAGCCACGCGGUGCUUCUCACAGGCUUGGCCGGCAGCGACGCGCGGGACAACCGCGCAGGCGGCUCUGCAGGGGUGGACGCGCCACCACCCCUCUCGGUGCCCGCCUGCUUUGAGCUUUCCGAGCCCGAGCCGCGGUCAGGCUGCCUCGGGCAUUGACCGCGGGGGCGCGCGCCCCGUUUCCAUAGAAACGCCCGGGCUGGCGCGGCGGCGCGAGGGGCGGGCUCUCAGGUUCCCGGCGGCUGCUUGCGCCCCAGCGCGCGCCCAGGCGCCUUGGAAUCCCCGUCCUUGGGCCCCCGCAAGGUCCCCGGCCGUGCGCGAGGCAGCGCGAUGAGGCGCACCCUGGAAAACCGGUAACAGCCCGAGUCCAGCUGCCCAGGGCCGCCCACACUGGAGGGUUGGGGUGAGGGAAGUGGAGCCUCUGUCCGUGGGGCCUCUGCGCCGAAUUCCGACCCUGAGUGGGAGGCUGCACGGUUCCCGCUGUGGCCUGGGGCCUAAUUCCCUGGGCUGCAGCGACCGCCGGCGGCGAAGGGGAGCCCGGGGCCCGGCCGGCUGUCACCCACCCACGCCUCCGGGUCUCGGGUCCCCACACUGCCGCGGGCAGUGCGGAAGCCUAGGAGGCAGCCGGGCGCCCAGGCCGCGCUGCGCGGAGCAGCCGGAGCAGCCACCUCCCCACUUAAGGCCAGGCCCACCCGGCCUGGGCCUUUUCCUGUGCCUACACUGUCCGGAUAGUGAGGUGGCCCCAUGGAGAGCAGUCCGCGCCGGGAGAUGCUGGAUCGUCGGAACGCUCAAACGAAACAACUGCAAACAGCUGUCUCAAAUGUGGAGAAGCAUUUUGGAGAACUGUGCCAAAUCUUCGCUGCCUAUGUGCGGAAAACUGCCAGGCUGAGAGACAAAGCAGACCUCCUGGUGAAUGAAAUCAACGCGUAUGCUGCUACAGAGACCCCGCAUUUAAAGCUGGGCCUGAUGAACUUUGCAGAUGAGUUUGCCAAACUUCAGGAUUAUCGACAAGCAGAGGUUGAAAGACUUGAAGCCAAAGUAGUUGAACCCUUGAAAACUUAUGGGACCAUUGUGAAAAUGAAACGGGAUGACCUCAAAGCAACACUCACAGCAAGGAAUCGAGAAGCUAAGCAAUUAACUCAGUUAGAAAGAACACGUCAGCGAAACCCAUCUGAUCGACAUGUUAUUGCAGAAACGGAAUUACAGAGAGCUGCAAUGGAUGCUAGCCGAACAAGUCGUCAUCUGGAGGAAACUAUUAACAACUUUGAAAGGCAGAAAAUGAAGGAUAUAAAGACUAUAUUUUCUGAAUUUAUCACAAUCGAAAUGUUAUUUCACGGCAAAGCUUUAGAGGUCUACACUGCUGCCUACCAGAAUAUACAAAACAUUGAUGAAGAUGAAGAUUUAGAGGUUUUCCGAAAUUCUCUGUAUGCACCAGAUUAUUCAUCUCGUUUAGAUAUUGUAAGAGCAAAUUCAAAGUCACCUCUUCAGAGAUCACUGUCAGCUAAGUGUGUAUCUGGAACAGGACAGGUAUCCACUUGUCGACUAAGAAAGGAUCAACAAGCAGAAGAUGAUGAGGAUGAAGAGUUAGAUGUUACAGAAGAAGAAAAUUUUCUUAAGUAAACUACACAUUUCCAUGUUCAUCAUAAAUGACAUGAAAUCCACAAUUACUAAAUUGUAGAACUUUAUACUCACUUUGCUAUGUUAAGCCUCAAAGUGAAGUCCAACUGGAAACAGAAAAAUAAUUAAAGGAAACUUAUGCUGACCAAAAAUGAAGGCUUUAAAAAAUAUUGCAUACUAGUCAUUUCAACAUCCUACCUAGUGUUACAUUAUUUUUGUGUAAGUGCCUUUUUUUAAAGAUGUGUAUUUCAAAGUAUUUCAUAUUAAUGUACUAUAUCUACUUGAAGUUCCACAGUACAUUAUGACAGAAACCAAAAGAUCUAACAAUUCUGCUUAGCUUUUUGGUUAAGACUCCAUGCUUUCAUUACCAGAAAAGGGUCUUAUGUAGUCAUUCUGAUUACAUGUAAUUCUAUUCCAUGAAGCCUUAAGAAAAAAAGUUUUUUUUAACAUUCCCUAAAACUUUAUCAUUUGAUAAGUAAAUUUACUUUUCAAGAAGAGUAUAAUCAAAGAGUAAAGAUAAUGUGACACUAAGAUAUCAAUGUUUUAUGAAUACACAUAAGGCAUAAAUUUUAGCUGUAAAAAAGCCACAUUCAGUCUGACUCUGGUUUUAAAACAAAACUGUCAUAAUUAUACAUGAUACUGCAACUUUUGGAAGUCUAAUUUGGUGGAAUGUUGCCUCAUCAUAGAACACCAUAGAUCAUUAAAAAUUCUAUAAAAAUUUUACCAAGCUACCAUAUAGUUAAUAAAAGGGUAUACAGUCACUUUUAUUUCUGAAAAUAUAAAACAUUGAGCCUUUCAGUGUAUCUGAUGCUUCUCUUUUGGUAAGGAAUACUUUUAUUUCAUGGAUCCCAGGCAGGCAUAUAAAAGUUACGGAAUUUAUAAAAUCAUUUGGGAUAAUUAGAAAAUGCAAUUAUUCGUAACAGAAAAAUAAAGACUUUCUAGAAAGCUUU